AUGAAGCCGACUUUGGCGUGGGAGCCUUACACCCAAAAGAUCAUCCUCCACUGCCUGAUUGUCACCACCCCGAUGCUAAUUUCCUCCCUCGUCAUCAUCUACAUCGUCUACGCAAACCUCAUUACCCCAACUUGCGCCUCCCAAGACCUAUGUCCAGCUUCUUCCCUUAACACCACAUCCAAAGCCUUCUACUAUAUCGACUUCUCAGCCGCACAGCUAGCGUUCGUGUCUUCAUGGUCGGCAACUGUCAGCUUUACUCUAGUGGGCUUUCUAAUGGCUUUUGCGUCGUACUCGAAUGCUUCUGCGCUGCUGAGAGCGAGUGAGACGGAGGAGCAAAAUAAUUUGCCGAGUCCGCAUCAGAUGAGUGUGUUGCUAAGGGUACUGAAUGCUGAGAUCAUGGUGUUGUGGGAUAUGGCAGCUGAGAAGGGGAAAAGGGUGUUUUGGAAGAAAGAGCGGGAGAAAGAAGGCGGGAAGCAUUCGUCCUCAAUUUUGAACACGAGUAUCAUGGUGUUGCUUGUUAGUAUUGUUGCGAGUCUUUUGGUUCAGGUCGCAGAUGUAUACUUCCACAUCGCUGCCGAAUCCGUCAACCUCAUCCAAGUCCAGCCACUUUCUCCCACUUCCCGCCAAUACAGCCGGCAGAUCGCACCAUGGUGCCUGGACAGACCUUCCAAUGGCCCUCUCGGACCCAAAAGCUUUUGGGGUUGCGCUAUCACCGCGCAGCCAGCGCCAAACAAUGACGCCACUUCGCUCGCCCCUACUAACACAACUACCAUCCAGGACAUGAAGAACACCGUCUCGGACCAACAUGAAACGCUGAACUUCACGAACUCGGAUGGUGUGCAGUUUGCUGUCAUUGGACCAGCGAAUGCGGAUUCGAACGAAGACUACAAAGCCACCAGCUUCGGCGUCUCAGCCACAUGUGCAGCCAUUGCUGAAGGCGGAUGCGAUGUUGCUUCACCAAUCACCAACGUGAAAGACGGAUCAGGCAGCCCCAUCCUACUAGUCCCCUUCACAUGCACUCAGAAUCGCUCCGGACUCUCCCUCACCGGCAACCUAACAAGCCACAACACCAAAACGCACAUGCUCAACUUCCACAAGUACGCUGCGGAAAGCCCGCCUUUCCUGACCAACUUCAUGGAAACUCCCAACGGCCUUUCUAACACGGAUAUCUUGGCAGCCAUCCAGAACGAGACCGCAGAUGAGAUAUUCCGCAACCCGUGGUCUGUCCUAGCGCUCAGGAAACUCCCCUUCGCGCAGCAAGCAGACUUUGAAAACUUACCUCCUGCGUUUCGAAAUGAUAGCAGGAUAUGGAAACACGAUGUCCUCGGUGCUUUCACGUUGAUGCUGUGCAACGUCACGGUCUGGGAUAUGACCUACGUCAAAUCAGGGGGGCGUGUUACUUCUCUCACUAAAGCGCCUAGCAAUGGGUCCACGGCCGGCAUGGCUAGUAUGCCCGGUACGCGCUUCAUCGGCACGCUGGCCAACGUCUUUCAGGAUCUGUCCACGGGGCCGGAAUCGAGGAGGUCGCCUUCGGCGUUCAUUCGCGCGUUUGAGAUCGGGAUGAGUAGCGCGUAUUCAUUCCCCCUUGCGUCGCAGCUGAGUAGCCGUGCGAGUCUCCUCGCGCAAGUGCGGAGCUCGAAGGUCGUCACGAGACUACCUGUUGCAGCGCUCUGGACGCUUGUGGUUGCCAACGUAGGAUUCGCGCUGUUAGGCCUGGGGUUAGCCAUCUGGGCUAUGAGACUUGCGAGUCCGGACGUGCAUCAGACGCAGAUGAGGUUGGGGGUAGCGGGGCUUGCGGCUGCGCUGUUUGACCGCGAGAAGUUCGAGCAGUCUGCUCGCGCGGAUGAUGGGCUUUUUUCUGAGAAGAGUGAGAAGAGGGGGCUUGAUGUUAAGAGGAUUGGUUUUAAGCGGACGGGGACGGGCGGGUCUACGUUUGCAGUUUAUGAUGCAGGGUCUAGGCUGGCUGAAGCAAAGGCGAUGCGGACGCGGUACUUCAGUAGUAUUGUGGGUUGA